AUGGAUUUGCCGGAUCCAUAUUUGCCAGGAGCCAUCAGCUUGUUCGAGCAGCUUGACAAGAAGCUGUUGGUCGUACUCCGAGACGGCCGAAAGCUUAUCGGUUUCCUCCGAUCGAUUGACCAGUUUGCCAAUCUCAUUCUGGAGGAUGUCGUCGAACGAACAUUUGUCGACAAGGUUUACUGUGAAACGAGUCAAGGAUUCAUGCUGAUACGAGGAGAAAACGUCGAAUUAGCCGGCGAAAUCGACGAAAAUGUUCCAACCGGACUCACUCAGGUAUUUCCAUCCAUUGUGCUAGUUUCACAAGCUAGUAUAUUCAUAGGUUUCUCCGGAAGAGUUCCGUCGCAUCGAAGAUAAAUACCUCGCAAAAAAUCCACCAAAGUUCCUGAAAAAAUCGCCAGAGAAGACGGAAGAGCGCGAAGCCUGA